GUCGACACUCAAGUGCGCUGGUCGCUCCGCGCCGUGCGAUCCCUGCGUCUCGGCACCACGCGACCACUAGGCGACUGACACCGCUCGGAGUGCCGGACUCAACCGCGGCAUCCAUCGCAGGACCAGCAGGAGGGAGGAGGGCGCUGCUUGCGAGCAGAAGCUCUCCGCUCGCUCGCUCGACGCGCGCUCCAACGCUUUCCCGAAACGCGACUCCGCUGGGGAGAACCGAGCGUGGAGACGAAGAGGAAGACGCUCGAGCUCGUGUCCAAUGAAUGCCGCCGCCGUCUUCCCGUGGGAUCUGCUGGGCCCGAGUCCGGUCGGUGUGGAACCACUGCGGGCGGCCGCUAUGCGACUCGCGUCGCUGCCGCCGCCUCCAGACGGCGGCGCGAGUCCCGCAGCCUUCCCACGCCACGUGGGGCCGCAGAGAGGGCGAGGGGAGAAGCGCAAGCUGCGAAAGGCCCUGGUGGAGAAGGACAGACGGCACCGCAUGAACGAGAGCUUCCACGAGCUCAAGCAGCUCAUGCUGCGUCUCUGCGACAGUGGCGCAGAAGCAGCAGCAGAGCAGCAGGCGCAGACGUGCGUCUCACAGCAGCAACAGGACCGCAGGCUGGAGAAGGCGGAUGUGCUGGAAGGAGCUGUCGCUUUCAUUCGCUCGUCCAUCCUGGCUGUGCAGGAUCGCGGCCUGGAGGCGCUCACAGUGCAGCCACAGCAGCCACGCGUAGCCGCUCUCCAGCAGCAGCUGGAGGCAGCUACGAAGCCUCCUGGCGCAGCGCGGACACGCGUCCCAACGCCGGCCUCGUCCCCGGCCUCCCUGGACCUCGCUACCGCGCAGGUGGCGCGCGGGCCGCACGGAUGCGAGCAGCAGCAGCGGCACGGGAGAGGAGGAGCCGUGAAGCUCCUGAAGGCGGAGGCGGCGCUGGGACUCGGCGUGUGGAGGCCAUGGUGA